GGCUGCGCGCCGGGGAGGCCCAGGCCGGAGAAGUUAGUUGUGCGCACCGCUGAGUGCGCUGAGCCAGCGAGCCGGAGAGCGAGCGAGGGAGGCAGCCAGGCGCCGGGACCAUGGGCUGGGGGACAGGCUGCUGCUGCCGGGGACGGCUGGACCUGCUGUGCGUGCUGGCGCUGCUCGGGGGCUGCCUGCUCCCCGUGUGCCGGACGCGCGUCUACACCAACCACUGGGCAGUCAAAAUCGCCGGCGGCUUUCCGGAGGCCAACCGCAUCGCCAGCAAGUACGGAUUCAUCAACCUAGGACAGAUAGGGGCCUUGAAGGAUUACUACCAUUUCUACCAUAGCAGGACGAUUAAAAGGUCAGUUCUCUCCAGCAGAGGAACCCACAGCUUCAUUUCAAUGGAACCAAAGGUGGAGUGGAUCCAACAGCAAGUUGUAAAAAAACGGACAAAGAGGGAUUAUGACCUCGGUCGUGCCCAGUCUACCUACUUCAAUGAUCCCAAGUGGCCAAGCAUGUGGUAUAUGCACUGCAGCGAUAACACACAUCCCUGCCAAUCAGACAUGAAUAUUGAAGGAGCCUGGAAGAGAGGCUACACGGGAAAGAACAUUGUGGUCACCAUCCUGGACGAUGGCAUUGAGCGGACCCAUCCGGACCUGAUGCAGAAUUAUGAUGCUCUGGCGAGUUGCGAUGUGAAUGGGAAUGACUUGGACCCCAUGCCUCGUUAUGAUGCAAGCAACGAGAACAAGCAUGGGACCCGCUGUGCUGGAGAAGUGGCCGCUGCUGCAAACAACUCUCACUGCACAGUAGGAAUUGCUUUCAACGCCAAGAUUGGAGGAGUACGAAUGCUGGAUGGAGACGUCACUGACAUGGUUGAAGCAAAAUCAGUUAGCUUUAAUCCCCAGCAUGUGCACAUCUAUAGUGCCAGUUGGGGCCCUGACGAUGAUGGCAAGACUGUGGAUGGACCAGCUCCUCUCACUCGACAAGCCUUUGAAAAUGGUGUUAGAAUGGGACGGAGAGGCCUUGGCUCUGUGUUUGUCUGGGCGUCAGGAAAUGGUGGGAGGAGCAAAGACCACUGCUCCUGUGAUGGCUACACCAACAGCAUCUACACCAUCUCCAUCAGCAGUACAGCAGAAAGCGGGAAGAAACCUUGGUACCUGGAAGAGUGCUCAUCCACGCUGGCCACAACCUACAGCAGCGGAGAGUCCUACGAUAAGAAAAUAAUCACGACGGAUCUGAGGCAGCGUUGCACGGACAACCACACCGGGACGUCAGCCUCAGCCCCUAUGGCUGCAGGCAUCAUUGCACUAGCCCUGGAAGCCAAUCCGUUUCUGACCUGGAGAGACGUACAGCAUGUUAUUGUCAGGACUUCCCGUGCGGGACAUUUGAACGCUAAUGACUGGAAAACCAAUGCUGCUGGUUUUAAGGUGAGCCAUCUCUAUGGAUUUGGACUGAUGGAUGCAGAAGCCAUGGUGAUGGAGGCGGAGAAGUGGACCACUGUUCCCCAGCAGCGAGUGUGUGUGGAGAGCACAGACCGACAAAUCAAGACGAUUCGCCCCAAUAGUGCGGUGCGCUCUAUCUACAAAGCUUCAGGCUGCUCUGAUAAACCCAACCACCAUGUCAACUACCUGGAGCACGUGGUUGUGCGCAUUACCAUCACCCACCCCAGGAGGGGAGACCUGGCCAUCUACCUGACCUCACCCUCAGGAACCAGAUCCCAGCUCUUAGCCAACAGGCUAUUUGAUCAUUCUAUGGAAGGAUUUAAAAACUGGGAGUUUAUGACCAUUCACUGCUGGGGAGAACGAGCUGCUGGUGACUGGGUCCUGGAAGUUUAUGAUACUCCCUCCCAACUGAGAAACUUCAAGACUCCAGGUAAAUUGAAAGAGUGGUCUUUAGUCCUCUAUGGCACCUCCGUGCAGCCGUACUCACCAACCAAUGAGUUUCCUAAAGUGGAACGCUUCCGCUAUAGCAGAGUCGAAGACCCCACAGAUGACUAUGGUACAGAAGAUUAUGCAGGCCCUUGUGACCCUGAGUGCAGUGAGGUCGGCUGUGACGGACCAGGACCGGACCACUGCAAUGACUGCUUGCACUAUUAUUACAAGCUGAAAAACAAUACCAGGAUCUGUGUCUCCAGCUGCCCCCCUGGCCACUAUCAUGCUGACAAGAAGCGGUGCAGAAAGUGUGCCCCCAACUGCGAAUCCUGCUUUGGGAGCCAUGGGGACCAGUGCCUGUCCUGUAAAUAUGGAUACUUCCUGAACGAAGAGACCAACAGCUGUGUUAUUCACUGCCCUGAUGGGUCAUACCAGGACACCAAGAAACAUCUUUGUCGGAAAUGCAGUGAAAACUGCAAAACUUGCACUGAAUUUCAUAACUGCACGGAAUGUAAGGAUGGGUUAAGCCUGCAGGGAUCCCGGUGUUCUGUCACCUGUGAAAACGGCCGGUUCUUCAACGGCCAGGACUGCCAGCCCUGCCACCGCUUCUGCUCCACUUGUGCUGGGGCGGGAGCUGAUGGGUGCAUUAACUGCACAGAGGGUUACUUCAUGGAGGAGGGGAGAUGCGUGCAGAGCUGUAGCAUCAGCUAUUACUUCGAUCACUCUUCAGAAAAUGGACACAAAUCCUGUAAAAAAUGUGAUACCAGUUGUUUGACGUGCAAUGGUCCAGGCUUCAAGAACUGCACGAGCUGCCCCAGUGGGUAUCUCUUAGACUUAGGAAUGUGUCAAAUGGGAGCCAUCUGCAAGGAUGGAGAAUACAUUGACAAGCAAGGUCGUUGCCACAUAUGUGAAGCCUCGUGUGCCAAGUGCUGGGGGCCGACCCACGAAGACUGCACUGACUGCCCCAUCACUAGGAUUUUUGAUGAUGGUCGCUGCGUUUUGAACUGUCCCUUUGGGAAAUUUGAAUUUAAAAGCCAAUGUCUUCCAUGCCACCACACCUGCCAAGGAUGCCAAGGAAGUGGGCCUUCCAACUGCACCGUGUGUGGGCCAGACAAGCAUGGCAAAGAGCACUUCUUGUACCAAGGGGAGUGUCGAGAGAGCUGCCCGGUGGGCCAUUACCCUGCCCAGGGGUCUAUCUGCCUGCCCUGCUCAGACAACUGUGAGCUGUGCCAUGGCCCACAUGACUGCACCAAAUGCAUGAGUGGCCACGUUCUGGUCCCCACCAACCUCACCUGCCAGAAGUUAAAGUGCGGACAAGAUGAAGUUCAAGACCCAGACUAUGAAGAAUGUGUGUCUUGUGAAGAAGGAUGUCUGGGAUGCAGCCUAGAUGAUCCAGGAACCUGUACUUCGUGCGCUACGGGGUAUUACAUGUUUGCACACCAUUGUUAUGAAACCUGUCCAGAGAAGACCUACAGUGAAGAAUUGGAAUGCAAACCAUGUGCCACUAAUUGUGGCAGCUGUGACCAGAAUGAGUGCUAUUGGUGUGAAGAGGGCUUCUUCCUUUGGGGUGGCAGCUGUGUGAGGAAAUGUGGCCCUGGCUUCUACGGCGAUCGAGGAACGGGAGAAUGUGAGCCCUGCCACCCAGCCUGCGAGACCUGCACUGGCCUUGGCCACGACGACUGUAGCAGCUGCCCAGCAGGACUGCAGCUGCUGCACGGGAUGUGUGGACGUCCUGCCCAGCCCCAGGUGGAAAGCAGCUUCUGGAAUGAAGCUGUGCCCACUGCAAACCCAUCUUUGGUGAAGAGCGUGCUGCAGGAGCGACGAAGGUGGAAGGUUCAAAUGAAAAGAGACACUUUGAGGCAAUUCGAGCUUUGUCAUUUUUCUUGUAAAACCUGCAAUGGAUCUGCAACUCUGUGCACCUCAUGUCCAAAAGGUGCCUAUCUGUUGGCUCAGUCCUGCGUUUCUACUUGUCCCCAAGGCACAUGGCCCUCGAGAGAGAGUGGCAGCUGUGAGGACUGUCUAGAGAACUGCACCUCUUGCUCUGGACCCGACCUCUGCGACAAGUGCCAGACUUCGCUGGCCCACCCUCUGUUUCUCCAUGAAGGCAGGUGUUACACCGAGUGCCCUGAGGGCUUUUAUGCAGAAGACGGUGUAUGUGAACGCUGCAGCUCUUCUUGCAGAACGUGUGGAGGAAAUGCCACCCACUGCCAUUCUUGCAAAGGAAGCUUUGUCCUGAACCACGGGGUCUGCCUUGAAACCUGCCCCCAGAGGCACGUGGCUGUGGAGGGGGUGUGCAAGCACUGCCCAGAGAGAUGUCAGGACUGCAUCCACGAGAAAACAUGCAAAGAAUGCAUGCCUGAGUUCUUUCUGCAUGAUGACACGUGCUAUGAGUCCUGUCCUCAAGGCUUCUACGAAGACUCACGCCAAUGUGUCCCCUGCCAUGAAGACUGCCUGGAUUGCAGUGGCCCCAAAAAUGAUGACUGUGAGCAAUGUGAUGGUGAUUCCUUGUCUCUCUAUAAUGGGCUGUGUAUGGAUGAGUGUCCAGCAGGAACUUACCAAGAAAAAGAGACUAAAAUGUGCAAAGAUUGCCCCAAGUCCUGCCACACCUGCUCAUCCUCUGGGACCUGCACAACUUGUCAGAAAGGCCUGAAGAUGAGCACCCAUGGGAGCUGCGUGGCCAACAAGGAGUGCGCCCCGUCCGAGUACUGGGAUGAGGAGGCUCACAGGUGCAAGCCCUGUCACACCAAGUGCUUCCACUGCAUGGGACCUGCUGAGGACCAGUGUCAGACCUGCCCCAGGAACAGCCUUCUUCUCAAUACGACCUGUGUGAAGGACUGCCCAGAAGACCACUACGCUGACGAGGACAGCCACCGCUGUGCCCCCUGCCACAGCUCUUGCAGGACAUGUGAAGGGAGACACAGCAGGCAGUGCCGCUCCUGCAGGCCUGGCUGGCUCCAGCUGGGGAAGGAGUGCCUGCUGCAGUGCAGGGAAGGAUAUUAUGCAGAAAACUCUACCAGCCAGUGUGAAAGAUGCCACCAGAGCUGCAAGGCAUGCCGAGGCCCCCUGCCCACGGACUGCCUGUCCUGCGAUACGUUUUUCUUUCUCCUCCGCCCUAAGGGAGAGUGCUAUCGCACCUGUCCAGAACACUACUAUGCAGAUCAGAGCAAGCAGACCUGUGAGCGAUGCCAUCCAACUUGUGAAAAAUGCAAAGGAGAAGGACCAUUGAGUUGCUUAUCCUGUGUGUGGAGUUACAGCCUCAUGGGAGGAAUCUGCAACUCAGACUGUCAUGUGGGGCUGUACAGAGUGGGAGAGGGAGAGAAAUUUAACUGUGAAAAAUGUCAUGAGAGCUGCAUGGAAUGCAAGGGGCCUGGCCCCAAGAACUGCACCAUAUGCCCCGCCAACCUGCUGCUGCACGUGGAUGACGGCCGCUGCCUCCGCUGCUGCAACACCUCCGAUCCCAGCGAUGCCCAGGAGUGCUGCGACUGCCCUGCCACCACAGAAGAGUGUAUCCUUCGAACCAGAGAGAUCAGGCCUGCAGCUGAGCACUCCAAGACAGCUCUGUUUGUCACUUCCUCCAUUAUGCUGGUGCUUCUGCUUGGAGCGGCUGUGAUUGUCUGGAGGAAAUCUCGGGGCCGAGGCCAGCCAGCAGGGAAGUCUGGCUACGCAAAGCUGGCCGAACCCAGUAAGUCUUACUCCUCCUAUAAGAGCAGCUAUCAAGAGAGCACAAGCUUUGAGGAGGAUCAGGUGAUUGAAUACAGGGACCGGGACUAUGAUGAAGAUGACGAUGAUGACAUUGUGUACAUGGGUCAAGAUGGCACUGUCUACCGGAAAUUUAAGUAUGGACUGCUGGAUGAUGAUGACGAAGAUGAGCUGGAAUACGAUGAUGAGAGUUACUCCUACCAGUAACCAGAAGCCACCCACCCACCUCCACUCCACUCACAGGCUUGCUUUGCAACAUCGCUGGUUCUAUCCACACACCAGGCUAGUGUGUGAACGUUUGCAUUUGUCUUCUUACCCAUGAGUCCAACCAGAAUGUAAGAAUGCUGAAAUACUUUGUUCUUUGGGGUGGCUAAACCCAAUUAACAGUUCCCUUUCAACCAUAAUUGAGGAACAUGUAUAAAAUUUGGAGACAUUCUCUUCAAAACAUGUCAAGACAUAAGACACAGAAAGUAAAAAAGAGUGGGAUUUAAUUUCUUCGUGUGAUUUGUUAAAAAUGGGCACUGGACCUGUAGGAAUUCUGUUUCCAAACUGCGUUGUGUAGACAUCUGCUACCUUUUGGAAUUCUGAUAUUUCUUUAAUUUUGGAAGAAAUGGUGUUAUGAAAGAGUUGUUCAUUUAAGGAGUCUUUUCCCCCUAUUAGCUGUGUUUAGGCAGAGAUUUGCUUUGUGAGCACCAAGAAAAUAGGUGUUUUUUUGUUGUUUUGUUUUCUUUUUUAAUGAUAGAGAGUGAGGUAUGCAUGAGAGAGAAGCAACUUUGACAAGGCUUUGUCAUGUUGCUUCCUUCUUCUCAACCCCACCAGUUCCUCAGGGACCCUGGGCACCCAUGUGCAUGCCUGGCAUGUCUUCAGGCUGACCCAGGGCCAUAUGGCUUCCAGCCUGGUGGGGCAAAUGUGUUAUGCUGCACCACUGAGCCAAAGCAAGGUCUUGUCCAUUGGCUUCAGACCAGUCCUGGUGAGAAGACCAUCUCUGCUGAGGCUGCUCAGGACCUACUUAUACAUGAAGAAAGAAAAGAGAAGUAGUAUCACAGCCUAGAAGCCAUGAGUUCACUGGGCUCUGGUUCUUCUUAAAUAACUACUUAAGUUCUUAAGUAAUCCAAAGUCACAAUGAUUCUAAGGGCAGAGCUUGCGUGGAGAUAGGCAGCCACAAGCCCAAUGAGAAAGAAAUCACCAAGUUCCUGACCAUUGCACCCUCAAGAUUUUCUAAGAGCUUUUCUAGUAGGAAAGAU